CACCACUGCCGCGGCACACUGCGAUAUGGACACUUCCAUCUCAACAUUCGUGUCCCAGCUACCCAAAGUCGAGCUGCAUGUCCAUAUCGAGGGGACGUUGUCGCCAUCUCUGCGUUGGCAUCUCGCGCAGAAGAACCAAAUCCCUCUUCCUCAGUAUCCGACGUACAAAUCUCUCGUUGCAUCGUACGCGACCAUGUACAACCACAGACGAGAAUUGCACGGUGACAACGGCCUCCCGACCUUUCUUGAAGCUUACUAUGGCGGGAUGGAGGUGCUGCGAACCGAAGAAGACUUCUACGACCUUGCGAUGGAGUACUUGGCCAAGGCAGCAGACAUGAAUGUCCGGUACGCGGAUCCGUUCUUCGACCCUCAGGCGCAUACUCGACGGGGAGUCGCCCUCGCGGCUGUGAUGAAUGGGCUUGAGCGAGCGAAGCGGGAUGCAAAGGAGAUGUACGGUGUGGAAGUGGACUGGACAAUGUGUUUUUUACGGGACGUGGACCCAUCGUCCGCGAUGGAGACGUACGAGCAGGCGCUCGAGGGAGGAUUCGGUCAUGUCUUUCAUGCUGUUGGCCUGGAUAGCAACGAGUAUGACCGGCCGCCGAGUCUUUUCCAAGACAUCUUCGCCCGGGCAAGGAAGGACGGAUAUUGGAUCACAGCUCAUUGCGAUGUUGGGCAGAAAGACACACACGAGCACAUUCGCGAGGUCGCUACCAGCUGUGUUGGCGGCCUCGAGGGCGCCGACCGCAUUGACCAUGGUUUGAAUGCCAUCGAGCGGCCAGAGCUGAUUCAGAUAAUCAAGCAACGUAGUCUAGGGCUCACGCUGUGUCCCCACGCCUACCAUCGGCGGCUCCCAACAGAAUACGUAUUUGGGAAUAUCAAGCGGCUAUGGAACGAGGGCGUUAGGAUCACGAUUGCGAGCGACGAUCCGACGUACAUGCAUCAGCGGUGGGUGCUAGAAAACUUGGAGCUAGUAAUGUACCAUUGCGGGUUCAGCGGCGGGGAUAUGGUUCGCUUACAGCGAACUGGCGUGGAUAUCUCUUGGGCAGCUGAGGAUGUAAAGGAAAGGAUCAGAAAGGAACUGGACAUCAUGGAAAGGACACUUACAUCAGAGUGA